ACAAUGGCGAGGACGGGGGACGUAUGAACGCCUAGACCCUGAUCAGAACGAGAGGGAUGGCCGGAUGCGGUUUCAACUCCCUCCUACAGCAGUUAGAAGCUCUGGGAGAAAGUGGGGGCGUACUCUGCUUAAAGGGGAGCCCAGGACAUGAUUGGAGGACCAAAAUGGGACAGUGGGUGUCGGCCUGUUUCCUUUCCAGGGUUGAGUCACCCUUCCUCAGGGUUGCCAAAGCUUUGCGCCCCUCACCAUCUCUUUGGGAAUCCUGCCUUUCUUCUCAGGGUCCAGUUCUGUCCACUCCCACUCCCUAGGUCGGCCUUGCUCUUCUCCCUGAGUCGGCCCCGGAUGGCUCUGGGGGCAUUUACGGAACUCCGCUCUCUUUAGGACCCAGGGAAGUCAUUUACCCCACGCCUAUCCCCUGGGCUAGUUCCUGCCUUCCUAGGUGGGAAGUCACCGGAAAGGUGACGGUGAUACCUGUGCCCAGUAUUCAGGCCAGAAGUCUCUGGUGCUCUGAUCUCAGGGUUUACUCUCAGAUUGGAUUACCAUGAAACUGCACCGGAAGUCCGUGCUCAGUUUCUUCCGUGGAUGCAGAACACAGGCUCCAGACCGGGAGGGCAUCUUGCUAAAGAAGGGAGCCCGAAAUACCAGCUAUCACACGCCGCUGGUCAUCCUCCGGGGAAACCUCCUCUUCUACCUGGAGAACCAAGCGGACCACACACCCCUGGGCCUCAUUCUCUUGGAAAACUGCCAGGUGGAGCCACACCUCGGAGCCACAGAACCCUAUGCCUUUACCAUCCUGACCCCCAGGGUUGAGGGCACAGGUGGGCGGGCCUACAAGCUGGCAGCAGAAAAUCAGGAAGAGCUGGGAGCCUGGCUGUGGGCGCUGGCUGGGGCGAGCUGCAGGCAGCUGGUGGUGCUCCUACCUACCCUGGAGGCCCAGUACCGGGAGCUCUGCCAGGCAGCUGGCCAAGAGCCCAGCUCACCCCCAGAGGGCUGUGGCUUCCUAACCACCCUCAGUACCCCCUCCAGCUUCCAGGAGUUGCACGAGCACUUUGGGAAGGAGAUCCGGGUGCUGCAGGUGGUACGUAGAAGGCCCCAGGCCAGUGACAAUGGAAGCAACAGAUCCCAGGCAGAGGAGGAGCUGGAGCUCAACAGCUGUUGAUGAGGGACUGAAAGAUGGACC